UUGAGCCAUUACUAUUAAAAUUAUUAGCUUUUUAACAUUCUGCACCCGUUCGCUGAACACAUCCGGAAUUCUUUUAGCGUACAUUGUAGAUUUUUGAAAAAGUAUUUUCUUUGCUUGCUGGUCUUCGACGAAGAUACCGCCAACUAUACUGAAACUCCUCCGGCAGUUCGUCACCGGGUGCUUAACAUUUGAACUGAGCAUAUUCAUAUUUCUAAGAAGAGAAACAGAACUAAGUUAAAAUAGGUCCGUGCUUAAACAAACUCAAACAAAUGAACGAGUCUACUGUUCCGGUAACAGCGAUUGGGGGAAUCAUUUUGUUGAUAGUCUGUUCGAAAAGGAUCCGAUCUAAAAUGGCAUCAUUGGCAUCAUGGCUCUUCGGCAGAGUUGCAGGUGCCGCACCAGAAAACCAAACUGACCAGAACAUCGGUCAAGCUACAACUUCUGGUAAAAACAUCUCGCAUGCCAGCAUAGUCACCAAUACUGUUCCCGUCGGUUUUGAGGCUUCUCGUGGUACCUCGGCCCUACCCAUCAAAGAACACGAAAGUGCGAGCUCUCUUGAAGCAUCGGGUGAAACUGCAAAAAGUUUUGACGAUUUCGUGCACGUAAACAUUGAUGAAGAAAACGGUGAUUCAGAAGGCGGCUUGUAUGAACAGACUUCACAUAGCGAUCGAACGCUGAAUGAUCCCAAUCGGCAGCAAGCAGCCGAACCAAGUUUUACAAACUGCAGUACCGAAUGCGUAGAUUUCGAAGUUGAAAACUCUAGUCCUAAAUGUUCACAAAUAGAAACUGUUGAAAAUUUGAAAAUUCCAGACAUUCGACCAGGUGAAUGUAAGAGAGAACUAAGCGCCGUUGAAAACCGAAAGCUCAACGACGAGCCGGAACAUCCAAAAUAUAUCGACAUGGCAUCUGUAAAUAUAUUGAUACUGAACGAUAAAGCAAACUUGGAUUCCGAGCUUCACAGAAUUCAAAAAAAUGUUAAAUUGGAGUUCAGACUCGGCCCUUCUUUGCUGGGCAGGAAUAUAAAGCUGUAUUGCAACUAUCCGAAGUCAACUAACGGAAUUGUGGAAGAAUUCAGCAGAGAUUGUUAUACGUUAAUAAGAUGGUCACGGAAUGAAGGAUGCAAAAACGCAGACGGUAGCUCAACCUUUGCACAGAUCACCCCCACGAUCGCAGGAAGCUUCCACUACUACUUCGUUGAAGACGAUGAGUUUACUAAGACGAAUUUCAAAAACGGAUCCGGCUAUUUUAUAGUUGACCCUGUAUUGAAAUAUGGUGCCAAUGAGCUGUUGCCUCUGAACUGUAUACAGAGUCAAACGGUAUUGUCAAAACUUUUGGGGCCGUUCUCCACAUGGGAAAACAAGAUACGGGUUGCCAAAGAAUCCGGUUAUAACAUGGUGCAUUUUACGCCCAUUCAGCAACUAGGAGGAUCCCAUUCCGCAUACAGUGUCCAAGACCACUUGAAAUUAAAUGUUUCUUUUAACGAAGAAAAUGGACGAGAACCGUCAUUUGAAGAUAUCGAGACGCUGACCGCAAAAAUGCGUGAAGAUUGGAAGAUGUUGUCCGUAUGUGACAUAGUGAUAAAUCACACAGCCAAUGAAAGUGAUUGGAUUAAAGAACACCCUGAAGCAGCAUACAAUUGCUUGAACUGUCCUUACAUGCGACCAGCCUAUCUGUUAGAUGAAGCUCUCCAUCAGUUUUCCAUGGAUAUAAGAAAAGGCCUCUAUGAGGACCGGGGAAUCCCUCUUGACGUUUCAACGGAAGAUCAUCUAAACGCAAUCCGUUAUCACUUUAAACAAAACGUGUUACAACCAUUGAAAAUUCAUGAGCUGUUUAUUGUAGACGUAACCCAAUACUUGGAACAGUUUUUAACACAGGCCAGAAAAACCGCACCUCUCAAUGACUGCGAAAGAAACCUCUUACCGGACUUGAAAAUUAUUCAAGAUGUUCAGUUUAGGAGAUUGAGCAGUUCGGUCGACUUAAAUUUGGCCCUCGCCAAGUUCAACUGCUAUCGGCCAGAUUGUUACGAUGAGGAGUCGAGAGUUAGAAGAUGUGCCGAGGAUUUUAAAAUUCAACUGGAUGCCCUCAAUCAGGCUGCAAUUGAUGAAGUCACUGCUGACCUUAGUGCUGCAGUUGAAAACGUUAUUGCUGGCAUUCGGUAUUUCAGAGUACAGCCAGACGGCCCUCAAUAUAAGGCCAUUACCAUUGAUCAUCCAUUGGUGUACAGGUACUUUACCGAUUAUCAUUCACCCAAAUCCCUGGCAGAAGCUGAAGAAACAAUGUACAGUACAAACGGACGGUUUCUCAUGGCCCAUAAUGGUUGGGUGAUGAGCGCUGAGCCAUUAAAGAACUUUGCCGAUGCCGGCACCAAGAUUUACAUUAGAAGGGAACUUAUCGCUUGGGGCGACAGCGUUAAGCUACGCUUCGGGGACAAGCCGGCCGAUUCUCCAUUUUUGUGGAAUUACAUGCGGCAGUACGUAGAACAGACGGUUAAAAUAUUUGAUGGUAUUCGGCUGGACAACUGCCACUCAACUUCCCUUCCCGUUGCCGAAUAUCUUUUGGACUGCGCCAGAAGAAUCCGUCCUGAUCUUUAUGUGGUGGCCGAGUUGUUCACCAACUCGGCCUUGACUGACAACAUUUUCGUAAAUCGUUUGGGCAUCACGUCGCUUAUUCGAGAAGCGAUGUCCGCAUGGGAUGCUCAUGAACAGGGACGUCUGGUAUAUCGAUUCGGAGGUGUUCCAGUGGGUGCUUUUUACAAACCUUCAAAAGUACCAUUGGUCCCUAUGGUGGCACAUGCACUUUUCCUCGAUCAAACCCAUGAUAAUCCCAGUCCAGUCGAAAAAAGAUCUGUUUUCGAUUUGCUGCCGAGCGCCGGUUUAGUAAACAUGGCAUGUUGUGCCACCGGCUCAAAUCGAGGCUACGACGAACUGGUUCCCCACCACAUCCACGUAGUGGAUGAAACUAGACAAUACGCUGAGUGGAGUCAUCAUGAAAAGCUUCCUUCCAAAACCAGAUAUGUUAAUAAGUGGUCAGGCAUUAUUGCGGCCAAAAGAGCUCUGCACGAGUUGCACUUUAAGCUAGGAAUGGAAGGAUUCGACCAGGUAUUUGUGAAUCAAGUAGAUGGCGAUAUUGUUGAGGUGACCAGGCACCAACCGGGCACCCACACCAGUUAUGUCCUAGUAGCAUUCACGGCCUUUGAACAUCCCACCGGUGACCACCAGAGAGCCAUUAAACCGCUUUCUGUUGAAGGAGUUCUGGAUGAAAUUGUACUGGAAGCCUACUUAAUUCAUGCAGAUUCCACUUCCAGGUUUGGCAGAUUUGAAAAAUUUGAGAAAGACCCCGAUUGGAUCAACGGAUUAGCCGAAUAUAAGCUUUCAAUUAAAGAGCACAUCCAGUUGCGCGAAUCUGAGUUUUUCGAGGAAGCAGCUGACAGUAGUUCUAAUUUCGUCCGGUUAAACUAUAAAAACUUCAAGCCCGGAUCAAUUGCAGUGUUGAAAUUUUCUUUGCCCCAAGGAAUCCGAGAUGCGAUAUCUCUGUUGAAACCCCCACAGGCUCCAAAUCUAGAGAAAAUUGUAAGUGAAUUGACUCUAGCAGAUUUGAACAGAACUCUCUUUCGAUGUGGCGAAGAAGAAAGGGAUGAAGGCAAUGGCUUCGACACCUACAACAUACCCAACUUUGGACCGACAAUUUAUUGUGGUUUAUUCGGCAUUACGUGGGUGCUGCGUCAAAUAGCCACAGACAAUGACCUGGGCCAUCCAUUGUGUACCAACUUGCGAAAUGGCAACUGGUUGAUUGAAUACGUUUUCAAACGCCUUAAAGCCGAUGAGGGGACCCGCGCUUUGGGGGAAUGGAUUGAAGACUACAGUAAGCCCCUCCUAAAUAUGCCCCGUUACUUAGUUCCCUGUUAUUUCGAUGUCUUCAUUGGGCAAAUAUACCCUCAGCUACUAAAUGCUGGCUAUCAAUUGAUGUCUAAUUUUAUCAAGCAGGGAUCGCCUUUUGUUCAGUCGUUGGCUUUGGGGUCGUUGCAAUUUGGCGGUUACCUCAGAUCUGCCUGUCUGCCAGAUAUGUCGCCCAAUCUGGCUCCGCCAAAACCUCCUAGCAGAAAAAACGAAAACGGUGAAACAGUCCAGGCCUGCGUUACUUUAUCAGCAGGAUUGCCCCACUUCGCCGUGGGUUACAUGCGAAAUUGGGGUAGAGACACCUUUAUUGCUCUGCGUGGGCUGUUCAUCUUAACUGGCCGGUUUGAAGAAGCCCGACAACAUAUUCUGGGUUACGGGUCGUGUUUGAGGCACGGCCUCAUUCCGAAUUUACUGGAUGCUGGUAGAAAUCCCAGGUUUAACUGCCGAGAUGCCAUUUGGUGGUGGCUCUAUUCGCUCAAAUCAUAUUGCGAAGAAUCCCCUAAGGGCGUUGCCAUUCUUGCCGAUGUUGUAUCACGCAUAUUUCCUUCGGAUGAUUCUUCUCCACAACCGCCUGGUGCUGUGGAUCAACCGCUAUACGAUGUAAUUCAGGAAUCGUUAACUGUCCAUUUCCAAGGCCUACAAUUUCGCGAAAGGAACGCUGGACGAGAAAUUGAUGAACACAUGACCGAUGCAGGAUUUAACAACCAAAUCGGAACUCAUCCGGAAACUGGAUUCGUUUUUGGUGGGAAUGAAUGGAAUUGCGGUACUUGGAUGGACAAAAUGGGUUCAUCAGACAAGGCUGGCAAUCGGGGCAAACCGGCGUCGCCUCGUGACGGAUCUGCUGUCGAACUCGUAGGCUUAUCUAAAGCCUGUAUCACUUGGUUAAUGCACUUAAAUGAUGAAGGUCAGUACCCUUAUGAUGGGGUUCAGCGAACACAUAAGAAUGGAACGGUGACCAAAUGGACCUUCAGAGAAUGGUCGGACAAAAUUCAACAAAACUUCGAAAAGAAAUUCUGGAUUUCAGGGAACCCGAACCCAGAAGAAUGUAGGCCUGAUUUAGUGAAUAAGAAGAACAUUUACAAAGACAGCUUCGGAGCGUCUCAGCCAUGGACAGAUUUUCAGCUUAGGUGUAAUUUUCCCAUUGCCAUGGUCGCUGCUCCCGAGUUGUUUAAUCCUCAACGUGCAUGGGCCGCAUUAGAGCAAGUCGAAAAGUAUCUCUUGGGGCCACUAGGCAUGAAAACGCUAGACCCCGAAGACUGGAAUUACCGGGGCGACUAUGAUAAUUCGAUUGAUUCAGAUGAUUUACUUACGGCCCAUGGCUUCAAUUAUCAUCAAGGCCCUGAAUGGGUUUGGCCUGUGGGUUUUUUCCUAAGAGCAAAGUUAAUAUUUGCUGCUCAGAAUGGACUGUUAGACGAAACAGUGACCAAAACAAAACAAAUCUUAUCAAAGCAUUUUAUCGAAGUGGAGACGCCACCGUGGCGUGGAUUACCGGAAUUAACCAACAGCGAUGGAUCCUACUGCCCGGACAGUGCGAGAACCCAAGCUUGGAGCAUGUCCUGCAUUCUCGAGGUCCUGUAUGACUUGGAGAAAAUCGAAUCCAAUAGAAGUGUUGCAAACUGACUUAGCGAAAAGGUAGUUCUUAACCGUAACCCGGUAGGCGACUCGCACAUCGAAAUUUUGCGAAAAACUAAUAUUUACAAGGAAGGCGAAUUUUUCCCAACACCUACAGAUGAAUCAAAAGACCGUAGCAUGUGGCCAAAUACUCAGCUUAUUGUUAAAGAUGUUUUUUUCAGCUAUCGCGAUUUUCAUUUGCGUCGCUUUGUUUCAUCUGGAACAAGUAAGACUAAUUUGCUCGUUCAAUUUAAUCAUACUAAUGAUAAUUGUAUUUCCAAUGUGAUGACUGCUUACGGAUCGAUUCCACCUCGGGUAGGGGAAGAAAUAAUAUUGAAGUCCUAUGAUAAUGCUAGGAUAAAACAGGGUCAAACCAGAUCUAGUGAAAAUUUGGAUGCAAUCGUCCCUUUCAUAGAAGUGGUACCCCAUAAUUUUAAUAACAGGAUUUUAAGAGUUCGAAAUGAUAGCGUAGGAAGUCUGCUUACUUUAAAUCCUUCACUUUUGGCGUCUAUGCCCCGAAAACGGGAAAAAUUUCCUUUGACCGAAUCGGAACAGAAUAAAAUAGCUAGAAUUACGAUUACUUAUGUCCUAGCCUUUUUUGCGCUCGUUUUAACUACGUAUUUCGUCAUUUAUUUAGCAUAGUGAUUAUUUUUAAGAGAGUAUUUAUUUGCUGCUGAAAUAUUGCAUCUUUUUAUCAAUAAAUAAUAUUUUAACAUGAACUGAAAAGCCAUUGUUCAAUACUGUUGCUGUUACAUAUAUAUUUCACAUAAAUAAGCUAUUGAGAUAAA